AUGUCUUACAACUGCAGCUCUGGACACUUCUCCUCCCAGUCUCUUGGAGGCUACUUGAGGCACCCAGUUUCCACGUACAAUUCUUUCUACCCCAGCAAUGCAUUCUACUCCCCAAAGGCCUUCCAGCUGGGCUCCUCAUUCUACAAUGGACAGCAGGAGAACUUCGGUGAGCCACUUGAAGAAGGCUAUAUCCCAUCUGUGGGGACAAGAUACCACCUGACGUCCUAUCGGCCAAAUAAUUUCAUCUUGUGCAGUCCCUCCCGAGGAAACUUCACUGGAUCUUUUGGAUACAGCCAUUCUGGUCUUGGAUCUUUUGGAUUUGGAAGCUCUGGAAUUCAGUCUGUGGGUGGUGGGUCCAGCUUCCACCGCCCAGCUUACUUUUCUUCCAAGAGUGUCCAGUCAUCUUAUUACCAACCAGGCUGUGGCUCUCGUUUUUAUGGCUCAUCUUUCUGA